AAUUUCUGGCAUUUAUUUCAGCAUCACAAAAUGAAGACGGAGUCGUUAGUUUUACCAAACCUCCACGCAGCACCCGGUAUGAACCGGUUUGGGUGAUGCGCGAACUCGUGGUACUCCCCCCUUUUGACAUGCAGUGUAUCACAGCAUCCGCGCGCCCUCGUUGGUCACACCCCUAUGUUAAGUCAAGCAUUCUCAUCCGCACACAUGCCUUGCGAGCCUCCGCAGCAUCAGCCUCCUGAUUGGACAAUAACCCCGGGUACAUUCGUUCUCGUCCGGCGCCCCGGGGUUUAUUUUAGAACCAAUCCAAUUGUCUAAAAUACACGAACUCGGCCCAUUCAGUGUCAUGAGCGAGCUAAAACGAAUGUACCUAUCAAUGCACCCGUUGGUUGACAAGCUGCGAUUGGUCGGUAUGAUGACAUAAACUCGAUUAUCAUUCUCCAUCUAUUUUCGGGGAACGCGGACAAUUUUGUUGUAAACGAAGCGCGUGCUUGAAGAAAUACGCAGAACUGGAAACAAACGUGCACCUUUUCAGCACCCGAUCCUCGUGGAUAGCCGUACAGGUCCAUUCUGCCAACAGCUAAUCAAUCAGACCAAACAAGCGUGGGUAUACAAGCAGCAACCUUCUUUUUUUCGAUAAUCAUACAGCUACCACAAUUGUGUUAUUCAGCCAAGCGGCUGCCGCGUUCACUGGAUAGCAGGCCUAGCUGUUGAAUUCGAUGAGCGGAGGAUUCGAAGCAAUACUGCACAAGCUUUGUUUGCCCUAAAGGGCUGCAAGUGCAAGGAGCAAUAGCUAAUACUGCUACAAGUAUUGUUUGUAGAAGAUAAUACAUGCUGAUAUAGAUGAGAACGCCCUUAUAAACAGUGUAGUGGAGUUACACCGCUUUUGUCUUGUGGUGCUUAUGAUUCAGCGGGAUGUUGGAUCGGAUGGGACCAGGAAUAGCGGCCUGCAAAUGAAGGGACGCAAGUAGAAAUCGAGUAAUUAGUCGACUCCAUUUAAACGAACAGACUCAAUCGUGGUAUUUGCUUUUCCCCCUCCACAUUGCUUGUUCGUGUAGCUGCACUCUAUUGUGUGAGCAUCUUUAUUAUUCCCUUCGCUCUGACCAGGAUCCUGCUCGCUCGCCCGCCGCCCCCUCGGCCACAGCUGUGUAUUAACUCCAAUUUUUUUAAUCGGCACGACACAGUUCGAUAUAAACAUGUGUUCUCGAGUUUGGUUUGUGACCGACCGGCGUAUCCAUCAGGAGUAUCCGCAAGUUCAGAUCCUUCGGGCUCUGAAACAGCGAUGCUCCGAGGAGGAUGUUGAAUUCCGCUCUCUUCUCAUGGACCAAAUCGUGCUCACCAUCAGCGAGGGACAAUUAGGUCUGCGGGUCGAGCAGGAGGUGGUGACGUCCUACCCUCAGGUGGCGGUGGUGCGAGUCCCCACCCCCUGGGUGCAGUCGGACAGCGACAUCACAGUGCUACGCCACCUGGAAAAGAUGGGAUGCCGGCUGGUCAACCGGCCCCAGGCCAUCCUCAACUGCGUCAACAAGUUCUGGACCUUCCAGGAGCUGGCCGGCCAUGGGGUCCCACUCCCUGACACCUUCUCCUACGGAGGACACGAGAACUUCCGCAAGAUGAUUGAUGAAGCGGAACCGCUGGGCUACCCUGUGGUGGUGAAGAACGCACGUGGUCACAGAGGAAAGGCGGUGUUCCUGGCCAGGGACAAGCACCACCUGGCCGACCUGAGCCACCUGAUUCGCCACGACGCUCCCUAUCUCUUCCAGGAGUACGUGAAGGAGUCUCACGGCCGCGACGUCCGGGUGGUGCUGGUGGGCGGCCGCGUCAUUGGCUCCAUGCUGCGCUGCUCCACCGAUGGACGCAUGCAAAGCAACUGCUCCCUGGGUGGCGUGGGGAUGAUGUGCCCGCUGAGUGAGCAGGGUAAGCAGCUGGCGGUGCAGGUGUCCAACAUCCUUGGCAUGGACGUGUGCGGCAUUGACCUGCUGCAGCUCAACGACGGCUCGUUCGUGGUGUGCGAGGCCAACGCCAAUGUGGGCUUCAUUGCCUUCGAUCAGGCGUGCGGCAUGGACGUGGCGGGCAUCGUGGCUGACUACGCCCUCUCACUGCUGCCUAGCCACCUGACACGCAAGAUGUCGCUGCUCUCGGUGGUGUCCAGUGCCAGCGAGACUAGCAGCGAGCCUGAGGUGUGCCCGGCGCCCAGCAACGUACUGCCCGAGGCCGUGUGCAACAUGAGCGUGGGGUCCACUUCUAGUGAGAGCGACCCCGAGCUGGCCGAUACCACUCCGCAGCCCACGAUCCGCCAAGUUGGCCCCAGUCCGGUCCUGCCCAACCUCCCUGACCCGGCCUACAACUUCAACACCCUCCUCGCCAACGAGAUCAAACUAUUGACUGAGUGAGCUGAAUACAGCCACGGCACACAUGCACACACAGACACACUUACAAACACACACCUGAACACAUGGUGAUGGACAUUCCUGUUACAGAGCACACACACAAACUCCUAUACACGUUAUACAAGCAGGAUGUUACAUGCAAAAGCAUGAGCUGAACAAACAAAAUUGAAAUGAAAAAUGCCAUGACCACAGAAACUGACAUUACGAACACGCCUUCUCUUACUAACUCCCCCCAUAAACACAUAGAGAUCUGAGGCUGCUCCCCUGACUCUACUGCUCUUCUCCCCAACUGCGAACAACCCAGUUUUACAACCGCAGGUGGUGGCAGAAGUGGGAUCCAGAAGGUUAGAUGAAUUACUGAAUCUUUUUGUUUUCAAUUGCAUUGUGAGUGUGAGUUGAGUAAGAGCGUUUUUUGGGGAGAACCCUAAAGAGCAUUGCAUACAUCAGCACAUAGUCAACCGAAGUUUUAUUUGUUUGCACCAAAGAAAACAAGUGAUGGACAACAAUACAGAUAGAAACACAUUUAAAACAACUGUUUGCAGGUGUGGUUGGAAGCCCAAGGGCUUAUAUGAAAAUCACGGCAGUCUGUCACCCAAUUAAACUGAACACACACUACAAAACUGUAUUUUGGAGAAUGAGAAUGAGGCGUGGUCGUCGUUAUAGAUCAACCACUGAGGAAGUAGCCAGGCUUGAUUUACUGGUGGUGAAAUGAAGUGUUUUUCAAGUGGUUUUCUCCAUAACUGGGUGAGGGGUACAUACAGAGGACUAGAUAGACUGUCCACCUGCUCCAUGUAGCAGAGGACAGACCUGGUUCACCGUCACAGGGGCUAUUAAGUGCAGAUUGGGGUCAAUUCCAUUUUCUACCUCAGUUAAAUCUGGAAAUGGGAUGAUUGAAAUUGACAACAACAAAAAAAAUCACUGUCACAUUUCAUUCGUAUUAAAUUCACGAAUUGUCUGUAAUCAAAAUAGGACUUGCCACCCAAUGCUGACAAGGAGCCCCUAAACACGGGAUCAUUAGAAGAACAAAACUGACCUAGCACCAUUGCCAAGAGGCACCUUGUAUAGUAACAACACUACACGAUACCCUCUCAAGAGAUUCCAUCUAGAAAUGCAUAAGCAUAGGUCAAGCGCAAUUGACCCUGAAACUCUAAAUCGAGCGCUACUGUCACUUGGUUUUCAAGUGAAUGUUUUUAGCGGCUUUUUUAAAAUUCGGAUUUUACAAGAACAAUAGUCAAACGGCGACUAUCUCUUCAUCCAAAAUAAAGCACUUUAAAAUAAACCGAUGAAUUGCGUGGUGGGACUACAUACCCGGGAGCAGGUUGACGUUUAUUGUCAUGAGGGUUGUCCUGGAGGCAGAACUGAGUUAUUUCCCCUUAGAUAGGCUAGCUGCAAAGUCAAAUUUGUCGAUAUUGUAAAAAUUCAUGAAAAGUAAAAUGUGCUUUUUGGUCUCAAUUUAGGAUUAGAGAUGGUAUGAUUUUGUGGCUGUGCUAGCUAGUAACCAUUCUGCAGAGCUGCCUCCAGAAAAAUAUUCAUGACGAAAAACGCUAACGUGAUACUUUGGAGGCAAGUUCAAUCCGUCUAGAAACAGUGCGGAAGCUGUCACUACACCUACAAGAAAAAUAUACCUCAAUACAGAAAACGUCUCACUGCCAUAGAAUAAACUACUUUGAGUCAUACAUAUCAGCCAGCAUCCUUGACUUUACAAGAUGUCCCUCCCUUGAUACAUAGGGCGUAGAUAUACUGUAGUCAAGUACAUUUUUUGUAAAUAAUCAUUUUAGAAGUGUUCAUGCUUACUAGUCUCUGGCUGAUAUGAAAA